AUGAUCCCUCCUGGCCAGUUGCGCGUGGGUAUCCUCGGCUUCGGCCCUGAAGGCAGCGACGAUAGUUCUGGAGAGAGUGUCGCAGAUGGACACAGCAGCGCGAUAGGCAGGCUCAUGAUGGGGAACUCACGCUUGCGCAGCACGCAACCCGUCCUCGCCAAUCUCCGCGACCCGCUGAACAAGAUCAUCUCGGCCCUGAUUAGGCAGCAGCGUUUGAUUGAACUCAGCAUUCAGAGGCUCCCAGCAGCGGCGGAACUCGAGCAAGCGGAGCGUUUAGAACUCUCAGAAGUGUCGCGCAAGCUGACGUCACAGCAUAUUAUUCUCGCGAACAUUAUCUUUGGAUUGAGGUUUGCAGCAAACACCUUGGCCGUCAAUGAUGAGAGCAUGUCAGCCCCUUUUCCAGAUGAGAUCGAUUAUGUGACCGUACUCGGGCUCGAUCCCGAGUAA